AAAGAAAGACAGAAGGGGGAGACGCGCAAACUAGGAAGUCUGCAACUUUUCCCGGAUAGCGUAACGUGGGACGGGAAAUAGGGUGACCUACCGGAGGGGGGGAAAAAAAUCAUUUUGAAGGUGCGCAUCUGGGAGACGCGGAUGACUAAGAACCGUCACGGUGCAAACUUUAUUCAUCGCUCACUUAUUGAAAGCCCGUCAGAUUGAUCUUGGAGGCGAAAUACCGAGGAGGACAUCAUGCCAAGGAGGACCGUGCAAGAAGUGACCGUGCAAGAUGUUCAAAAACGGAGAAACCCCAGCAAACAUUAUGUUUACAUCAUCAAAGUUUCCUGGACCGAUGGCAGCACCGAACUCAUUUACAGACGCUACAGCAAGUUUUUUGACCUGCAGAUGGAGCUGUUGGAUAAAUUCCCAGUGGAAGGAGGUCAGAAGGACCCCAAGCGAAGGAUCAUCCCGUUUCUACCGGGGAAGAUCCUGUUCCGGAGGAGUCAUAUCAGAGAUGUGGCAAUGAAAAGGCUAAGGCCCAUCAAUGAGUACUGCAGGGCCCUCAUCCAGCUGCCAGUCUACAUCUCACAAUGCGAGGAAGUCAGAGUAUUUUUCGAGACCAGACCCGAAGACCUCAAUCCACCCAAGGAGGAACCAGCAGGAAAGAAGAAACCAGUUUUCUUCUCCGUUCAUUUUCCUUUCCAUCAGGGUUUGCGGAGAGAGCGACCACUAUCCUAAAGCGAGGAGACAGCAAUUCAGCUGACCCGCUCCUUUUGGACCAGUUUGUAGCAGUAACAGACUACGAGAAGCAGGAAAGCUCCGAGAUCAGUCUCCGGGUGGGUCAGGUGGUGGAGGUCAUUGAGAAAAACGAGUCAGGCUGGUGGUUCGUGAGUUCAGAGGACGCCCAGGGCUGGGUUCCUGCCACCUGCCUGGAGGCCCAAGAUGACCCUGAUGACUUCUCUAUUCCAGGAGAGGAAGCACCUCGGAGAUUCUGGUCUUUGCCGAGGCACGUGGGCCGCCGUCGAACUUUAGGGGAUCUUUUCAGCACGGGCUUUGGGCAAGAGGAAAAAUAUUCUGUGGUUUAUCCGUAUUCGGCACGGGACGAAGAUGAGAUCGACUUGGAGAGAGGAAUGAUUGUGGAGGUCCUUCAGAAAAAUUUAGAGGGCUGGUGGAAGAUCAGGUACCAGGGACGCGAGGGCUGGGCCCCAGCUUCCUACUUGAAGAAGACUGACAUUCAAAGCCAGAAGCAGGCAGCGGGCGGCGCCACACACGCCAGCGCCAACGACCUGGACGGAUUCUCCAAACAGAGCCAGCCGACCCGUGAGAACCGAGACGGCAAUCAGAAAGAAAACAGACUCUCGUUCUUUUCCGAGAACAAAAAAUUCGGUUUAAGACAGAGACCUCCUCCACGCAGGGAUCUUUCUAUCCCACGUGGUACAAAUCUUCCCAAGCCGCCCGGUCCUCCGCAAGUCGAGGAAGAGUUCUACACAAUAGCGGACUUCCAGACCACCAUCCCCGAUGGGAUUAGCUUCCAGGCUGGAGUAAAAGUGGAGGUGAUUGAGAAGAAUGGCAGCGGCUGGUGGUACAUUCAAAUAGAUGAGCAAGAAGGUUGGGCCCCGGCUACGUUUAUUGAAAAGUACAAGAAGACAAGUAAUGCUUUGCGGCCCAAUUUCCUGGCGCCGCUACCUAAUGAGAUGGAGAAGCUGCGACUGGAGGACAGCGGUUCUUCAAAUGCCCCGGCCAAAGAUGAUAGCUGGUCUAAGCCUUUACCGGAUGAGCCCUCCGGAGUCCCUGAAUCCUGUACCAGAGUCAAGCUUAGAGACUGGAAGUCCGGUGCUACCAAGUCUACCUUCUCCGGCCCACUGCCUCCAGCCCCUGUAGCCCCGCCUGAUGACAAACCAGCUCUACCCCCGCGAAGAGAGUCCAUCAAUAAGAGUUUGGACUUAGAGGUGGCAGAGAAACCGGCCAGACCAGAUCACGCCAAGCCUUUGCCCCCCAAACCACCAACUCCCGGAGUCAUCAUGCCAAAGGCGGCACCUUUCAAACAAGACAAAACACCAGAAGCAAAGAAAGAGGACAAGAGCAAAGCGCUUCAUCUUCGUAAUGAAAUGGGUCUGGAAUGUGGUCAUAAGGUCUCUGCCAAAGAAGUCAAGAAGUUUAACCUGAAGCCGGUACCCAAGCAGCCACCCAAACCCAAGGCCGAAGUUACGGAGGAGAAACCAGAGGCAGCUUCUCCGGCGGUAUUCAUGAAGCCAAAGCCUGUGAUCCGACCUAAGCCCGUUCCAGCCGCGAAGCCGGACCAAGCAGCAGAGACCAAAGUCGACAUCACCAACCUGAGAAGUAAGCUGAGGCCUUCAAAACCCGUGGACCCCGCUUCAGGGGAGGUCAACCAUCACAACGAUGCCCCGGCGGUCCUUCCGAGCGCACCGCCCUUUCACAUCGCAUCUCUGAAUAACGGCAAGAAUUGUGACGAACAGAAAUUCCCCCCUAAACACGUGAACGGCCAUAGUCGCGAGAGCUCGCCACCUUCUGCAAAACCAGCAGUCCCUCCCCACAAGGAGCCCCCUCUGAGACCCCCGGGUUUAGCUCCAAGAAGACCUCCUCCUCCAAAGAAAACAACCCCUUCCAGCCCAACUGAGAUCAGAUCAGCAUCGGCUUUAAAAGACACUCAAGAUCCUCCUAAAAGUGGACCACAACUCAACAGACCCCCGCCCCCUAAACCAAAGGGCUUUCCUCCGCCUAUCCAAAGCAAAGAAAAAGAAGAAUCCAAGGGGAACAAAAUUGCAAAUCCCCCAAAGCCCCAAGUGAAGAGCGACAAGCCCGGCCCGCCCAGAGACAAGCUCCCACCUUUGCUGAAGGAGUCCAGUAAGGACGAGCUAUAUCUGGCCGUGGCGGACUUCGAUGGCGACGACCCGUCGUCCACCUUCAAGGUGGGGACGCUCUUUGAGGUCCUGGAGAAGAACACCAGCGGCUGGUGGUUCUGCAAGAACAUAGGAGAAGAUGUUGAGGGCUGGAUCCCUUCAAAUUACUUGAGCAAGAAACCUUGAGGCACUCAGACGCAAUACUGUAGAUUAAAAAAAAAAAAUCACUAUGUAGCUAAUAUUCAUUUUUAAUUUAUAGGUACAGUUUUUGGUUACAGGUUACAGGUAACCACGCUUUCUCUAAUAGUAAAGCCUCUACAUAUGCAGAAAUACACCAACAAACAAUGUGUCCUAAAUAGUGUCAAAAUAAUAAUAAUAGCAAAGGAGGCGGGGUGUUAUACAAUAAUCCUAUAUAGUUAUUAUAAUAAAAAUAUUUUGUAAUAAACGUGAAAAUCAAAACAUAUACCGGCCGCUAUCUGAGAAAAUGGCAGAAUUUGAAAUGUUUAGCACAUCAUAAUUGCAACAAAAAAAAAGGUCUGACCAAUGUACAGUACAAAAUAUUGUUUUGCAACAAGGCUUGACUGGUCUCAAGCGUGGUCAGUGUAUCAAAAAUAUUUUCUAUUGUAGAGAAUAUCUUAAAUGUCUGUCACUUUUUUUCCCAUUUAUUGUGCAUCUUUUGUUUACCGAUGAAGGGACUAGCAAGAGGAAAGGAGUGAGAUUAACGAGGAAGGUGGCUGAUAGGUGAUCUGGUUUGGAUCGAAUGCAUUCUAUGGUUAUCAUCACGAAGCAAAGUAGGAAAAAUAAAAAUUUGUAGACAAUCCGACAAGACUUAAAUAUUGAGUCGCUAUGUUCAUUUGAUACACAAUGAUGAGUGUGAGGGAAGUUAGGUGCAGAAGAUAAAAGGUAAACGUAUGGUUCGGUGAUGUCAUCAUGGCAGUAUUGUGGUUUGUCCUUUUUUAUUAUUACAUUGAAUUUAAGUCAAUAAACAUUUCUUUUUUUUCCAUUCUGGUGGUUUUAUUUGUUACGAGUAUCACAAUUUUCAUUGUUUUUUUAAAAGAGUCACAAGGAUGAGAAUUGUGAGGAAAGACAAUAUUUCUCUGUAGUGUAGUUUCAAGUAAUUUGGACUCAUGAAGUUGUGCACUUGUUUCUUUUCAAUAUUUUAACUUGCAGGCUUUUAUACACUGACAUCAUCUGGUGAAACGCUUCAAAAGAAUUUGAUGAUGUUUCAAGUCGCAUAGAACACAUCUUUUUUAUGUUCCUAGAUAAAUGAAUAUCUACAGGAAUAAGAGUUUUAAGGAAAAUUAUCUGUACUUGUAAUAAUAAUAUAGGCAAGAAAGGUCUAUUUUAGAUCUUUGUGAUUUAGAACUUGGUACAACAGCGCUACCAUCUGGUGAAAUUAUAUAUAUUAUUUUAAGAAACUGUACUGCUCAUCAGUAAAUAUUAAAUGUAGCCAAGAAUAAAUAGAUUGAAUUCCUUAAUUGAUUGAACAGCCUCCUGUCACAGUCCAAAUAUUAGAAAAAUCUGCAUUUAUUUGAUAUUUACAACAGUGGUUCCUCGUGAUACAGUAUCAAUCACACUCACAAGCCUCCAUACAUUUGACGUUAUGCAACCUGAGGCAGAGAGGAAGACCUAAAGGGACCCAGUUACCUCAAUCAGGAAAGAACCUUUAAUGACCAAGAGAGCGGAAUUAAAAUGUACCUAAAUGCUGAUUUAAUAUACAGUUGUAAGGCAAAAAAAAAAAGUCAGCAUAAAUAAUUUGUGGUCCCUUGAAAACUAAUUAUUUCCCUCCUCAGUGCCAAGGAAGGCCAACAAAAAAUAAACCUCUGAGCUCUGACAAGUAAUAUUGCACUUCGGUUAGCAUGCAGCUUAGCUACUGCAACAAUUAAACACCCAAAAGGUCGUGUUUUAAAUCCAUCAACUGACACACAGUAUUUCAUUUUGGCUUUGUCACUUUCCAUCCAGUGUGGCUGAUUUCUACAGUAACACAAUCACUCCCCAUGUGUUAAAAUGAAUUAUAAUUAAAAAGAAAAAAAAAA